AUGGCAGACCCGGAAUCUGCGACCACAGGUCAAGCUCGAGCGCACCCAAGUAAAGAACUAGACUUUGGUAGGAAGAAGCCGCGACUGGCUGAUGUGGACACGCCCAAAAAGCAAGUGUCCAAGCACAAAAAGAGCAGAGCUGCUCGAAAGCGCGACCUAAACCCAGAACCGUACUCUCCUGAUGACGUUCUCCACCGAGAUAUUCUACAAAUGAUCGGGAAAGAAGUCGUGGAUAAAGCUUUGGUGGAUGGCUCCGCAAAGAACUCGCCGCUGCAAUUCCACGAUGAAGUAGAGCUCGAGAUCCUCAGCAUUUCGUCUGGAGGUGAUGGUCUGGCGUUGGCCCCCGCUCCGCAUCCCCCUUGGGUUGUUGUCGUUCCGUUCAGUUUGCCAGGGGAAAAAGUGCGCGCGAAAGUCUACCGAAGUGGAUUGAUGCAUUCCCUCGCGGAUCUGGUCGAGGUGGUCACACCGAACAACGAGCUUCGCGAUCAAAGUCGCGUACAGUGUAAGUACUUCGGGACCUGCGCCGGUUGCCAGUACCAGAUGCUCUCCUACGAGACUCAACUCGGUCUCAAGCGAGAUGUCGUAGUCAAAGCCUUCAAGAAUUUCUCUGAUUUACCAGAAUCGUCUCUCCCGGAGAUAGGCUCGACGAUAGGAUCGCCGCUGCAAUACGGCUAUCGGACCAAAAUAACGCCGCACUUCGAGGCGCCUCGGCAGAGCCAACGCCAACCAUUGGAUCUUGCUGAGCCAAAGCCCGAGUGGCUGAAAAUUGGGUUCAAUAAGGUCGGAACAAGAACGACCAUGGAUAUAGAGGACUGUCCUAUUGCGACGCAAACUAUUAGAGAUGCUCUGACUCCAAUGCGAGAAGGCAUCAUCAACAAAAUCCAUACGUACAAGCGUGGUGUAUCUCUCCUCCUUCGCGAUUCCCUCGACAUGUCCGAUCUGGCGUCAUCACUGGACAAACACGUCUGCAUCACCGACCAGAAAGCCAUUGUUCGCGAGCAAGUAGGGGAUAUGAGCUUCGAGUAUCAAGCUGGGUCGUUCUUCCAGAACAACAAUUCGGUCCUCGAGCCGCUCACCACCUACGUCAAAAACGCCAUCUUCGCACACACUACGGUCAAGCCAACACAUUUGGUGGAUGCUUACUGUGGGGCUGGUUUGUUCUCCAUCAUGCUCUCUCCGCAUUUCGAAGUCGUCACUGGGAUAGAGCUUUCCGCCGAUUCGAUCCGCUUCGCUACAAGGAACGCAGAGUUGAAUAAUAUCCCAAAGGGCAAGUGCACGUUCCGUGCUGGCGACGCAGCCAAUAUUUUUGCGACGGUGAAAUCGUUCCCUCCUGGAGAAACUGUGUUGAUUAUCGAUCCGCCCAGAAAGGGAUGCGAUGAUAAUUUCAUUCGGCAGCUGGUGGAGUUCAAGUGCAAUAUAGUGGUGUACGUUAGCUGCAACGUGCACACACAGGCCAGGGAUAUUGGAAUGAUCUUGAAGAAAAUGGAGGGGCACGGAGACGGGAAGACAUAUGUAGUGGAAAGCUUGAGGGGAUUUGAUUUGUUUCCUCAGACAGCUCAUGUCGAAUCUGUCGCGAUUUUACGGUUGGUAUCUGCAGUAACUUAG